AUGGUUGCAGAGGUGCCUAAGGCGGCGCCGGGACUCGAGGAUAUUUCUAUAGUCUGCGAGUUUCCGGAUGUGUUUUUCCCAGAGUUGAUGACGAUGCCGUCGGAGAGGGAGAUUGAGUUUGUGAUUGAUAUAGUUCCUAAAAUUGCACCAAUCUUGAAGGUACCUUAUCGGAUGGCACCGGCAGAGCUAAGAGAACUAAAGACGAUUGCUUUACCCCCACGACUGGCCGGUAUCCAUGAUAUUUUUCACGUCUCGGCUUUGAGGAGGUACGUGUUCGAUUCCUCGCACGUGAUCGACUUCACUCCGCUGGAGCUUGGCGAGGACUUGAAAUAUGAGGAAAAACCGGUGCGAAUUCUGGCUCGUGAAAUGAAGGAAUUACGCAACCGAGUCAUUCCUUAUAUCAAGAUGCAGUGGAGUCAUCACGAGGAGCGGAAGGCAACCUGGGAGCCAGAGAUGGUGAUGCAGGAGUCCUUUCCCUAUUUGUUCGAGACUUAG